GUAGGUUACAUAAACUGCACCAAUCACCUCACUAGUUUCAUGUGUGAGUCCUGGCGUAAAUAUAGCAUUAUUAAAUGAGAGAGACCAAAAGAUGUGAACCGCAUUUACUACUCUUUACCAACUCUCUUUCUUUCUUUCUCUCACUCACACCCUUCAGCCCCCAAAUUCAUACACCAAACAAAGACUCUUUCUUUCCCUUCUCACUUUCUCACUGCACUUUUCUUCUGCUCCAUUGUUUCCACCACCCCAUUUUCCUCCACCCUGCAACCACCACCAACAACCAUCACCACAACACAAUGUCCAACAAAUCCCCUGUUUUUCCCAUGCCAGACCCCCAACACUUCAGUGACUAUGGCUUUGACCCUCAAAUCAACUAUUUUCAGGUUUUGGAAGAAGCAAUGAAGCACAAGCAUGAAACAGCAAGAUCCAUUGACUCCAUCCACUUCAAGCUUCAGAAGCCCAUUUCAAACGACGAUUCAAACAGAACCAAGCUUCACAACUCCAACAAGAAGAAGCGCUGGUGGAGAACAGCCCUCCUCUUCUUCAAAUGGCGCCGGACCACCCACCACCACCACCACCAUGACAGCGACGUUCACCAAGCCCGUGCCCGCGCCUUCAGGGCCACCGUGUCAGGACCCGUUUACUUGACUGAAAGCAGAAGCGGGUCCACCACCCCCUGCCGGACCACUAGCCGGCCGUCCUCCGGCCCGCUCGCCGGAACUUUAAUGCCGCCGGUGAAGGGUGCGGUGGACAUGCCGUAUUUGAGCCUCAGGGAGCUCACAUUUGAGCAGCAGCAGCAGCAGAAGGUGUCUCCCUCAGCCAUGCCCAUAUACUUGGUCACUUGAACAAAAUUAUCAAACACAUUAUGUGCAUAAAUGGGUAGGUUUGAUUUUGUGGGUGGAUUUGGUGUUUGUUUUGGUUGUCUUAUUUUUUAUUUUAUAUUAACCUAACCAAAGGUGUGUGUUUGUGUGAUUUGAUCCAUUGAGGAAAGGCUGAAUCCUCUUUUUGGUGUUUGUUGCCCACUUUUAUGAAAGUUAUAUAUAAUAAUGAAACCUAACUCUCGUGCUUUUGACCAAA